AUGACCGGUAAACCCCCGGGGAUCCCAGACAACCCUAUUGAACAUCAACGUUGCGUCAGAGCCCCGGAAUGGAUGCUAAGCAAGGACGAAAUGGGCCAGGCCAUGGUUCUUAUCCUACGCUGCAAAGUCCCCGAAAACGUAACGGACGACCCUCAGCUGCCGGAUCCGUUCAUCAUUGGCACAUCAGUCCAGUUAGCGGUUGGUGAAAAGGAAGCUCGAAAUAUGAAAGCCUGUCGCGAAGGUCGCGGCUCACGUUACCUCCUCCGUACCCGAAGCAUAGUUCAAAAGCUGACGAAUAUGACCGAGCUAACCGACGGCACACUCAUUGAGAUAUUUCCACAUCCAACAUUUAGCACGGUACAGGGCAUAGUGUAUGAGCCGGAUUCCAUCAAUAUUGAUGAGGAAACCAUCAAGAUGCAUCUGACUUCUCAAAACGUACACUCUGUUCGCCGCAUCAAAAAACGAAUGUAUGGUAAGCUCAGGAACACACCAGUGUUAGUUCUAUCGUUCCAUGGUACAGAGCUUCCAGACCACGUGUACUUUGGACUGUUGCGGAUCGAAGUUCGAGUCUACUACCCGUCUUCGCUAAUGUGCUUCAACUGUGGAACUUACGGUCACCCACGGAAGUCAUGCCAACAGCCUUGUAUCUGCCAGCAAUGUUCUCAACCGCUGAACGUUGCAGAAGGAGAGCAGUGCGAAAAUACACCCCACUGCUUCCAUUGCAAAAAAGAACAUUCUGUCAGAUCUCGGGUUUGCCCGAAGUACAAGGAAGAAGACACGAUUAUCCACAUGAAAAUCGAUCGUGGCAUCUCGUUUGGUGAGGCCAGGCGCCUAUACAACGAAGAACAUCGUAGAGAAACUAUUACGCAAAUGAUUCAGAACCAGCUUAAGCAAGAACUUGUUGCAAAAGACCAACUGAUCGCAGCUCUCCAAAAACAAGUUGCUGACCUGGCCAAAGAACUUGCUUCCCUUAAAUCAACACUUCGCGAACCACAGCUACCGCUCGCUCAACGCACUUCGAUUGGGAACCAGGCUUCUACAUCUGAAACAGCACCCAAGACGCAGCACCAAUCCAGGAAAGACAAAGGUUUCGUCAUGCCGCCUGCCAAAUCAAACGAUAAUCUUGAAAACGGAAUCGACAAUAGCAUUCGCACCAGGCGCCGCAGCAACAAGCGAGUGCUGGAGAGCUCUCCAACAGACCGCAACGAAAAUCACGGUAAGCAUGUGUCGCAUCAUCCAAGAACGACGAGUAGUACGACCAAUACGGAAACAGGAUAG